AUGAAGACAGAAGCUCGACGCAAAAAUCUCCUCAUUUUGAUUUUGCAUUAUUUAACGCAGGAAGGGUAUGUCGAUGCCGCAAAUGCUUUGGAACAAGAAACCAAACUAGGGUUACGACGCUUCGAAGUGUGUGACAAUGUGGAUCUUGAAACCAUUCUGAUGGACUAUGAGAGCUAUUAUUUUGUAAAAUUCCAGAAAUAUCCCAAAAUCACCCGAAGAGCCCCAGAGAUUGCUGAAAAUAGAGUCCCACCAAGAAGUGGAGGAAAAGCAAAACGGAUGGUGAGUGACACAUGUCAGAAUCUUCCCAAGAUCAAUCAGCAUCGACCACUCUCAAAAACUGCAGGCGCGAGGACAGUAGACUCUAAACCAACCAUCAAGGAGAGCCCCAAACAGGAGAUUGAUAACCCAGCUCCUCUGGAAAAUGCUGACUUUGGUUUAAAUAUUUCGGGAAUCAACAAAAGUAGUGGAGAGUCUAUUCAACAGAAAAAGGGUCAAAUAAUCGAUUUACGUGGGAUGAUCCAAGAUGCUAUCAAAGGAGCAACUAAUGAAAUAGCAUUAAACAGCUUUAACUGUAAUCCAGACCCUUCAGAACGAUUGCUAAAACCUCUGAGUGCAUUUAUCGGCAUGAACAGUGAGAUGAGAGAACUUGCAUCUGUUGUGAGCAGAGACAUUUAUCUCCAUAAUCCAAACAUAAAGUGGAAUGACAUUAUUGGACUCGAUGCAGCCAAGCGGUUAGUCAAAGAAGCAGUUGUCUAUCCUAUAAGGUACCCACAGCUGUUUACAGGAAUUCUUUCUCCAUGGAAAGGACUAUUACUGUACGGCCCUCCAGGUACUGGAAAGACCCUGCUGGCUAAGGCCGUGGCCACUGAAUGCAACACGACCUUCUUUAACAUCUCAGCAUCUACUAUCGUCAGCAAAUGGAGGGGCGAUUCCGAAAAACUCGUGCGGGUGUUGUUCGAACUGGCCCGGUAUCAUGCGCCUUCCACGAUUUUCUUGGAUGAGCUGGAAUCGGUGAUGAGUCAGAGAGGCACAGCUCCAGGGGGAGAACACGAAGGCAGUCGGCGGAUGAAAACGGAAUUACUGGUGCAGAUGGACGGCUUGGCCCGGUCUGAGGAUCUGGUGUUUGUUUUAGCAGCUUCCAAUCUGCCCUGGGAGUUAGAUUAUGCAAUGUUGCGGCGCCUGGAAAAGAGGAUUCUGGUGGAUCUCCCAAACCAAGAGGCCAGGCAGGCGAUGAUCCGACACUGGCUGCCCCCGCUGAGCAACAGCCGAGGAGUGGAGCUCCGGACGGAGCUGGAGUAUCCCUUGCUUGGCCAGGAGACAGAAGGCUACUCCGGCUCCGAUAUUAAGCUGGUCUGCAAAGAAGCAGCCAUGCGGCCUGUGAGGAAAAUCUUCAACGCCCUCGAAAAGCAUCAUUCAGCUGGCGGUGAUUUACCCGCAAUCCAGCUGGACACGGUGACUACAGCCGACUUUCUGGAUGUGAUAGCUCACACCAAACCUUCCGCCAAGAAUUUAACUCAGAAAUACACAGCCUGGCAGAGAGAAUUUGAAUCAGUCUGAAAUAGCUUCUGACCAUCCAGCUAAGGAGAGCAGUGGAGCCUUGGAUAGAGUAAAACCGUAAUUUAUUUGGGGGGGCGGAAUUUAUUUUUGCUUUAGAAAACUUGAAUUUCCCUGUGAUACCUCUGAG